UGGCACUCUUCACCUCUACUCUGUCAUCUUCACGCCAUCUUUCCAUCUGCUGAGAUCUCAUAUCAUAUUCUCUGCCCUCCAGCUAAAAGUCCCUACUUGAUUUUUUUCUACAAUUUCCCUAUCUCCUUUGCCCAUCAGAGCUUCUCCAUCCCCAUCUCUCCUUGGGAAUCCACCAUGUCCUCCAACAUCGAUUAUGAAAAAGUAGUCCCAGCGAUGCUCGAGCUCACAGACUCGAUCAUAAAACUCCUCGAUAACACAAGCCACCGCGAAAUUCACGUCAAGAGCAUAAUCAACGGGCUGAGAGCCCUGAUAAUCCGCGAACGCAAGACCAUCCAUCGCCAAGGCAAAGUGAUCAUCGAGUUGAAGAAGCAAUUGGCAGAAGUCGAGGAGCAACUCAAUGUCCUACAAAGCCGUUUACGGAACAGAGUUGAUACGGAUUGGCAUUCUGGAGAUAGUAUCCGUAUCAAGGAUGAAGAUGUUGAUUACCAUGUCAAUGAUGAUUCGAGUCCAGAAGAGGACGAUGAUGUGGGAUCACCGGAUUCAGCUGCGGAGGUGACAACGGCAACAUUGUACGGCUUGCAGAGCAUUUACAUCCAGAUAGCAGAGCGCUAUGCAUCAGGCCUCAAGGUGGAUGAUAAGAUGAAGUCUGAAUGUUCGGAGGAUACAUGA